AACCGACGUGUGGUCAGGUGUGUUAGAUAAUGCAUGCGCCAAUGACUACCUAGGAGACUAAUCGAUUAUAGGCGAGUAUGGUCUCCAAUAUGGAACAAUUGGUACAAGCGCUCAAAAGCUCCCGACUUGCCUCAUAUUUUUUUCUCUUGACAUGCGGUUACAUUGUGAGUGUUUUGAGGCAUGAGACAUUGGACCCACUUUCGAUUUCAGAUCGCAAAGCUCGUGGCAGAAGCAUGGGAUGAUCAUUAAAUUUAUUCGCUUAUUGCAUCUGUGAAAUAUGAUUAUUGAUCAUAACUAGUACUAAAACUGGAUUUGUUUUCAUGUUCUGAAAUUCCUCAGAUAUCGAAUUCAUUCACACGAUAAGAGAAAGUGUAUAACGAUAAGGGGCUGAGCCAUUGCGUUUAAUUUAUUUUGAGGUGUUCUAACGAGAAUCGAGGUGAUAGGUUAAAGGCAUCCUUCCAUCUCGGCAUUAAUGUGAAUCAUUUUUUUAUUCUAAAUACAGUACUAUUAUAUCUAUAACAUAAAUAAACUGCCUGAGUUCCGAUAGAAAUAUGAGAUCAAGGUUCAACUGUAUCAUCCGGCUAAGAAAUGUUCUACAAGAGUGGGGCAUUCCAGCUCUACGAUCAUUUUAAAAGUCUGUAUCCGAGAAAAUUUUCACUCAACCAGAACGUACAAUAAGUUCAAAUUGAGUCCGGUCCUUUCGGCGUGCUAUGAUUUUUUUUUAUUUAUCCGUGAUACUCCUCUCGUCGUUGCAAUCUGUGAUUGCCGAAAAACGGGAUAUUAAAUCGAUAAUGAUGGAGUUUUUCGGAUACAAAACCUUUUCCGGUGACAGUGAUUACGAUAAUGACAUACUGGAACAGCCCGCUUCGGAUAAAUAUGUGAAAAUGCUCAAUUUAGAGAAGGAGGUGACAGCAAUGAGAAUUGAAUACAUCAAGUACCAGAUCCUCAAGAAGUUGCGACUCAAAGAGAAGCCUCUGAUAUCGAUGAAAGAUCUUCAGAAGACCAAGGAGUACGCCAAUCUGCUUCCAAACCAAGAAGACCACUUUCAAAAUCCAUACGACGACGAUUUCUACGGCAAAACCACACAAGCAGUUAUCUUCCCUUAUGAAGAUGCUACAAGUUGUUCGAAGAACACACGAUUUCCAUCAGCUUGCCUACCGUUUCAGAUGCCAAGCGACAUUUUUCCUUCCGACGUCAGCUCUGCAGAAUUGAAAUUUUACAAAGAGGCUGACGAUUUCGAUUCACACAAUCAGACUUUCGUUAUUUCGGAAAUAACCCAUUGGGACGCAAAGAAAAGUUUCCAGAAGAACAGACCGAUUGCGAUACAAGAAACCAGCUCCACAGAAAAUUGGUUAACGAUCGAUAUAACUUACGUAGUCAAAAACUGGUUAGAAUACAAGUAUUCUUUGACGCACGCUAUCCAUAUAACGUGUAAAACAUGUGGAAUGGAUAGAAAUAAGUCCCCAAUCUCAUUCCAUACUAAAUUGAAGCCGUUUUUGAUAAUCUACACUCAUUCGCAGCGUAGAAGGGCCCUGAAGCAUAGACGAGCUAGAAGGUCAUCAGAUUGCACACCAAAUUCGAAGGAAUGCUGUAGAGAGAGACUAUUGGUUUCUUUCGCUGAUAUUGGAUGGGACAAUUGGAUUAUCAUGCCCAAGGAAUACAACGCUUAUUUUUGUAGAGGAUCAUGUACCGCACCAUCUGCCUUAACUCUUAGUUCUUCACAACAUAAUAGUUUAUUGCAGAAAUUAAUUAACGGAAAAAGGUUCAAGAAUAGACCAGGACCGGAGUUCACUAUGUGUUGCUCUGCAACACAAUUUUCUCCCCUUAAGUUGGUUUAUAUGGACAACAACAAAACACUCACAACCAAGGUGCUAUCCAACAUGAUAGUUGACAGUUGUGGCUGCAUGUGAUGAAGAAUAGAACAGAAAAAAAAAUCAGUAUUUUAAGAAAUUAAAGGGUACCUCUGUUAAACAUCGAGAGGUUUCCAAUAGAUUACAAUUAUUCGUUUUCGUCUGCUUGAAUAGAGGGAUAGGAACCAUAAUUUAUUUUAGUUAGUAACAUCUUUAUGAUGAUGAAGUUUAUUCGUUUCAGAAUACUGCUUGUUCAGCAAUAUUUAUUUUCUUUGUUAUUUAUUGUACAAUUAUUUAUAUUUGUGGGAUGACUUUUAGCUUACCUACUGUGUUCUCAUUUCUAUUUAUUAUGAUUUGUAUUAAAACACCAAUACUGCUUUUUUAUCGUGAAAAAUAAAAUUGAAAUUCGA